CAUUCAUCACUCAUGUCAUUGCCUCUACAGUGAGAGGGAGAGAAUUAUAGAGAGAGAAAGUAGGAAGUGUGAGAGAGAGAGAGAGAGAGAGAGAGAGAGAGAGAAUUGUGGGAAUUAGCCGAAAGCGCAGAUGAACAAGAAGACUACUACUCACACUUUCUGUUUCGUCAUUCACCACAACAUCUCAAUUCGAUCUCUUUUUUUGUGAUCUACCGAACAACGCUAUGGCCAAGACAGGGGUCUUCGAGAGCGAUCCAACGAUGGUCGCGAAGGCUACGGAGUUGAAGAAGGAGUUGCAGAGGCUCGUGAAGGCAAUCGGGGACGACGACGAUUUGAACAUCGACACCAUCAAUCGAGCCAGCAAAACGCUCUCUGCAUUGAGAGAUUUGAAGCUCAAGAAACCCAUGCCUCUGAAACUACACGACUCGUUGGAUUUUCCUGAGGAGUUUCGUUGCCCUCUUUCCAACGAACUCAUGAUAGAUCCUGUUGUUGUUUCCUCUGGUCAGACUUAUGAUAAACCAUUCAUCCAAAAAUGGUUAAGAGGGGGGAAUCGAACAUGUCCUCGAACGCAACAAGUGCUUUCACAUACUACCCUCACGCCCAAUUACUUGAUUCGAGACAUGAUAUCAAAAUGGUGCAAGAAUCAUGGAGUCCAAAUGCCGGCCCCUGAUCAAUAUUCAAAUGAGGUUGGAAUAACCGAUGCAGAUAGAGACUAUUUUCUUUCUUUGCUUGAGAAGAUGUCAUCCACACUUUCUGAUCAGAAAGAAGCUGCCAGGGAGUUGAGGUUGUUGACGAAGAGGAUGCCUUCAUUCCGGGCUCUUUUUGGCGAGUCUAAUUACGCCAUACCUGAUUUGCUUAAGCCCCUCUCUCAAACCAAGUCCCAAAGUGACAUUCACCCUGAUCUCAAGGAAGACUUGAUCACAACACUUUUGAAUCUUUCCAUCCAUGACAACAACAAGAAGCUUAUUGCCGAGAGCCCAAUGGGCACACUUGUUUUCCCUCUUCUUAUAGAUUCAUUAAGAUCCGGAACAAUCGAAACAAGGAGCAAUGCAGCUGCAGCCCUCUUCACGUUAUCGGCUCUUGACUUAAACAAGGCAAUUAUAGGGAAAUCCGGGGCCCUAAAACCGCUAAUUGACCUCCUAGAAGAAGGGCACCCAUUGGCUAUGAAAGAUGUUGCGUCAGCGAUUUUUAACCUCUGCAUUCUACACGAGAACAAGGCAAGAGCCGUGAGGGACGGUGCUGUGGGGGUGAUACUGAAGAAGAUAAUGGAUGGUAUGCACGUUGAUGAGUUGUUGGCUAUACUUGCUAUGCUUUCAAGCAAUCAAAAGGCAGUAGAGGAAUUGGGAAAGUUCGGUGCUGUUCCCUGCUUGCUUAGCAUAAUCAGGGAGAGUAAUUGUGCUCGAAACAACGAGAAUUGUAUUGCCAUCCUCCACACUAUAUGCUUUAGCGAUCGGAGUAAGUGGAAGGAGAUGAGAGAUGAAGAGAAUUCUCAUAAGACAAUCUCUAAGCUUGCUCAGAAUGGGACUUCAAGGGCUCAGAGGAAGGCCAAUGCCAUUCUUGAGAGGCUCAACAGGGCUGUCAAUAUUACUCAUACGGCGUGAUUUCAUCUCUCAUGCAGCAUUUACAAGCACAAAAUUUGUACAUUCCUAUACUUGUUGUAAUGCUACGAGUAUAAGACCCCUUACCGCGAUUUAGGCAUAUUGUGAUCAUUCUCAACCUCCAUUUUGUAAAUUCUAUAUCCUUGUUCAAGAGUUUCAUUCUCAGAUUUAUGAGUUGGUAUUUUUUUUUUUUUUUUUUUUCAAUAGUAUGAUUUUCUGUUACAAUAUUGACCAAUAAUUCAAUCCUGCACAUGGCUCGCGCAGUAGAUCACUCGAGCAAUA